GCGAUGGAAAUCGAGGAUGGUGACUUGAAGAUUACAAUUCAACCAAUCAUGUUCAUUUCUGUCCAAUGUGGAUUAAAAAAAGAUAAAAAGCACGAACGGAGGACGAAUAAAGCCAAUAAAGGAAAAAGAAUUGAACGAAAAACAAGAAUGGUAAACACGUGGACGAUUUCCACUGCGUUUGCAAGAGAAAAAGGAUGACCUUCGAGUAUCCAAACCUUUCUUUUAAUGCGAACUCUUCGUAGGAGGCUUCAGUAAAUUCGUGAACUCUCUCAUUACUCCGUAUACAGUAUUACUAAAGGCUACUAUACAUGAGAUUAUUUAAUUAUAAAGGAUUCGCCAUGUUAGACGCACUUGUCCGUUCUGCAACGUUAUCAGUUUUAUAUGUGCGUGUUCUAUUAUUAUAAAUAAAUAAAUACAGAUAUUUCGGUUUCUGUCGAAAGUAUGGCGGAGUGCAUCAUCGAAAAACAUACCGACGCCGACGGAUUGUCGGAGCUGGAGGAGAAACAGAGGAUAAUCGACGAAGCACCUUUCGCUCGUUUGAAAAUUAAAGAUACCAAUUGGCUAGGGUUAGUCGAGUUUAGAAGGAAAUGUGACUUCUGUCAAAGAUCGCGGAAAUUCUUCUGCUACACCUGUUACCAUCCUGUCAUCCCGUGCUCGUAUUUUCCACGAGUGAAGCUGCCAAUUAAAAUCGACAUCAUUAAACAUUCUCGCGAGAUAGACGGCAAGAGCACGGCCGUCCACGCCGCGAUACUCGCGCCGGAGGAUGUAAAAAUCUACACGUAUCCGGAUUUUCCGGAGAUAUUGAAUAAAGAGGAAACUGUUUUAGUUUUUCCUAGCAAAGAUAGUGCAAGGAAUAUGAGCGUCGAGGAUCUCUUUAUAAGAGAAGGGAGGAAAUGUGACGCCUCGGAAGAAAGGACUGUAUUUCCUAUAAAAAGGGCCAUCUUCAUUGACAGCACGUGGCAGCAAACCAAAUCAAUAUACAAAGACCAAAGAUUGAGAGAACUACGUUGCGUGAUAUUAAAAUCGAGGAUUUCUCAAUUUUGGCGUCAUCAAAAGAAGAGUCCAAGAUGGUAUUUAGCGACAAUCGAAGCAAUUCAUCAAUUUCUAGUGGAAUUACACACGUGUGCUCUUGGGGUGGAGGAAGACUAUGAUAAAUUCGAUGGCUCGAUGGAAUCAGAAAAGUCCGAAGAAUUCUCUGACGAACACUCUGUAACUAAUAACGAAGAAAUAAUGCAGAAAUACAAUGGACAGUAUGAUAAUCUUUUAUAUUUUUUUAAGUACAUGUAUGAAAAAAUUCAUUCCAUAUACAAUCAUAACAGAUUACAAGCUUAUAGAAGACCACUCGCAUAACUACAUUUUCUUACAUUAACAAGCUCUUUUGCAUUUGAUCAAGUAACAAUCAUGUUUAUGUUAUGUUUUGUACAAACUAUCCUGUUCUAAAUUAACAUACAUUAUUCUCUUGUAAUUAUAUGGAAAAGUACUGUAUUCAAUGUAAUUUCAAAAUUUUACAAGAUGGUAUUAUUUUAAAAUUACCAAAAUGUUUAGAGAUUCUUUUCGAACAAUGUGUGACAAAACGUGUUUCUCUCAGAUUGGGGAAUGUGUUGUAACCUUUUUUUUUUUUGUAGUUAAACAAAGAUGUAACAAAAAAUGAAUAAAAAGUUAUUUUUCUAGCAA